GGCGGACUGACUCCACAGACUUUCUGAUUACGUAUAGUCUUUGGUCACGAGACAGACUUGGUGCCGUACCACUUGCCACUAACGUUGAGGAGGACCUCCACAGUCACCAAGUUAAUAAAGCUCACAAUGGAAAACACCGCAAUCACACACCGAAUCAAUCAAGGGAACGUUUCCUUUUCUCUAACUCGUCAUUUUUCCAGGUAUUCACCACAUAAAGAUCCCCUUGACUUGUCAUCGGCGUCGCUGACGAUCAACCCACCUUAUCACAAGCUUUCCGAUCUGCGGACCAGGAACACUUACUUGUUCAUGCAGCUCCAUGACGAUUCAUUCCGUCCUUAUGACCUUCCAGGGUUUGAUACUGGUAUGGAUCGUGGAGAUCCACCAAUACACCCGCUGUAUCCCCCGUGCUCCCACUGUUCACAAGGGUCUAUGAAUCAAUGCAAAGAAGCGGCGUGCCCCAUACUAGAGAUGACCUCGCAAGUGCACUGACCAGUGUGUCGUCGUCGCCUGUAACGAUCCUACCCACCCUGAGCCUAGUUGCCAUGUUGCUGAUGGUGAUAUAAUCUGCGACAGCGCAUGCCUCCCUGAUGAGGACUGCGGUAAUUGCUCUGGUCUUGAAGAACUGCUGCAAUGCUGCACCGACUAUCAUUCUUAUCUGUCCCAGCCAAAAUCCCUUGACCCAAGCCUCACACAGUUGAACUGGAACCCACAGU